CACAAAAAAUAACGUCAUUUAUCCAGGAGUAGGAAGGGUGUGUUUACUACAGUUGAGAGAAACCUUUCAACACUGCUGUUUUUAAUUUAGUCAUAAUAAUCAGACAAUGGGUCGCUGGGUUUGUAUUCACACAAACAGUUGUGUGAAUGCUUGAGGUUCAAAUCUUUAUUUAUUUUUUUCUCUAUUAUUAAAGCUCUCCCCGGUCUUUCUUCAGCAAUUUAGGUCUCCCAAAAUUUAUUUUAAGUGAAUGCUUUGUGUUUAUCCAGAAGCACUACACAAUUGCUGAGUAAACUUUUUUUCUUUGUCUUCGGAAUAUCUCUGUAUUUGGUGAUGACUAAGUUUGCAGUCAUGUUUUGCUAUUAAGCUGGGUUUGCUGUCUUUUGUGUGCAGUGUAUCAGCUUUGUGUGUGUUUUGUUGCAAGCAAGAUAAACUGUUGGUUCUGUGAGGGAGACUCGACUCCUAAGAUCAUCCUGCAGAAAAGUAAUACUUUAUGGUAUGAAUAUCUUUCCAAUCACUCUGAAUGCGAUGCAUCAGAUGUCCCCAGCUUUGCAAAACAACUUGUUCACUAAACAUUUCUUCUCUCAUUCUUUACGGGUCAGGCACAUGUGGUUAAACUUCUAUGCCCAUGUGAUGUUUAAUUUUCUUUUUAAACCAUCUCAAGUUUAAAGUAAAAUACCACCAGACAAACACUGCUGACCUGACACACAUAAUGCUUAAGUUCCCAAAUAACAAUGAUUAUUGUUUUUCUUUUAAUCAUAGUUUGUUGAUUCUGUACGUGUGUUAUGUACUGUGGGUUUAGUCAUAGGGGUGACUACAAGGAUAUGUCCAGUAAAGAAAUUUGCUUUACUUUUUGUUGGAUUCUGUCAUGAAUGCAUCAUCUGUUAUAGAAAUUAAAAAAGUAUAUUAGCAAUUGAUUUAAAUUGUAGUUAUUUCAUCCGUGUUUUAAGAAAGAAUUAAAAGUCUUAAACCCUUGGCUUAAAUAACUGUCCAAAAAAUGCUCCUAAAAUGUGUAAUCCCUCGCAAAAUUUAUGCAAGUCAUUAUAUUUUAAUACUUUGAGUAUUGACCACUCUUGACUGCUUCAGUUACAGUCCUAACACCUUGUAUAUUGGUUUAUUCAUUCAUACUCUUAGGCAAUAUGACUCAAACAGGCACCAUGUUGCAAACAAACUCAUUUAAACUAGACUUCCAAAUAUCACCUUUUUGUAGUAAAUGUGAAAUCCUGUGGGGCACAAGUUGAAGCUGUUUCUCAUCUAAUGACAUUUUCUCUAGUGAAACAAAAAGGCUACCUUACUGGGGUUGCAAAGGUUUCAGGAAAUACUAUUUAUUAUGAUCUGCAGGCAUGCAUCAUCCAGUCCUCCACUAAAACUGUAGGUAAAAUAUGUGAGUAUUCAUAAAUGGUUGUGUAGUGUACUUCUGUUCUUCUGUUCCCUGUUCUUUUUGGAAGCUAUGGACAGGAUCAUAUUCAAUUUCAUGAAUCCUUGCUGAGCUCAUGUUUAAGCAUAAUUGCCUCUUUGUUGUGUUGACUGUCCUGUGGUGAUGAAAUUACAGGGUAAUGUAGAAUAUUAAAGGAGCUGGGGGCCGUAUGUGUAUCCAACCAUAUGCCAAGCCUGAAGCUCAAUUUUGAAGCUGAUGGCAAGCAAUCUAAGCAAGGAAGACAGGAGGCUUCAGUUGUAAUCUAUUGCUCGUAGUACUAAUGAACUCAGCUUGACCACCAGCGUGGCGAUGUUGUAUGCGUGUUGACAAUAUGAGAUAUGUCUCCCAGUCCCGAUUAUUUGUCAGGUUUAAGAAUGGCCUGAAGUUCUGAUAGAGGGAGAAAAAUUACCAUUUUAAAUGUGGACUGAGAGGACAAAAUCCCAGAGAAAUUAAUCUUUCUUGUGUUAAUCAAACUGGACUAAUGGAUGAAUGUAUUCCAGGUUAAUAAUCCAAAUAUCAUUAGAUUACAGGCCAUGCUAUUUUGAUACCCAGCACUUCUUUCAUCCAAAUGAGCAGGGGGAAAUUAAAUGCUCUGGAUUAGAGACAAUGUGACUAUAUUCCCGCAUUUAACCAUUAAAUAAGAGCCUAAGUUAAUCGCACAACAUUAUGUACCUACUCUUUUGUGUCUAGAUUCAUGCAUUUUUCUAGCGAACAUUAGUGGGUUUGUGAGAUUUUCAAAAGCGGGUUUUGAACCUCUUGAGGAUGGAUUGGACCGGGUUUUUCUGGCUAGUGAGCAGGGAGUGGGAAUUGGAAAAAUCCGGAGUGGAAUUACAGCGUGGUGAGUGCAGAACGCUUUGAAUGGAAGAGGAAAUCUCUUCAGCUCCGCGCCACUCAAACAAGCAGUUCCCGUUCCAGAACGGCUUUCAGUUAUUUAUUUAUUUAUUCAUUCAUUCGUGUGGUGGAUUUGAAAUAUAUGAAUUAAUUUGAUAAUGGUAGCUUAAUUUUUUUUUUUAAACUUUAGUUGCUCGAUAACUUAAAUGCUAGACAAGUUUCGUAAGAAAAUAACAAUUACGCUGGUACGGAAUAUCAUUACUUAAAGCUUGUUUACUAAACAACACUCAUUCCUGUUUCAGCUAGAUAGUCGAAAGCUACAUUUUCACCUCCAAUGAUGCUAGUUAUGUCUGGAUAUGACAUACGAGUGACCUUUUAGAGCUGUUUAUAGCCAGUAAACAUUAGUGCAAGCCUAAUAAACAAUGCGCGCGCGUCAAGCUGAACCACAUGAGUGCGCGCGGAGGAGCAGCGCUUAGCACCACACAGGAGGGUUACUAGCUGCUUCACGUGUGUUUUCAACGACAACGAGAGGUCUGUGCGGAGACAGUCCACCAACAGUCUCACGGAGUUUAACGAUGGACCUUUGCGCAGACUGCAUUUGGCUUGCGGUGAGGUGCACGGUGAAGCGAGCACUCCUGUGCUAGCGCAGCACGUACUGCUGAGAUGAUGUGGGAAGGUAUGAGAGGUUACGAGGAGAAAGGGUCAAUGGUAACCUCGAGAUCGAAGAGCACACGUUAUUCCGAGAGCUGCCAGAUGGAUGCUGUUGGAAAAUGACUGGUUUCGAGCUCCAGAGCUGUGUGUGGGCUGGAGCAUUGAGGACUGUUCCCCAAUGGAAUGCAGAAGAGACCGCGCAGCUGCCGCAGUGAAUGAAGUUGGUUUGUUGAUCCAUUCAUUAACGGAUAAUACCAAUAGUAUACUUCACCAAAAGAGAUAACGAAAUGUAUUAGAAGACAGUAGACCUGUGAACAAACUCUUAUUUAUUUGAACAUCCACGAAGAGCGUUCUCAUUGGCGGAGGGAAUUUAAGCACAUAAAGGCGCAGGUUAACAAUUCAUAUUAUUGUUUUGAUUUGUUGAGCAGCUUUCCAAGUGUCUUGAUCGGUAGCGGUUUUCAGCAGUACUGAUCCGCGCGGGAUGGUCGAGACGCUGAGCAUCGCCGUCAUCGGAGCGCCUGGAGUCGGGAAAACUUCUAUCAUCCGUCAGUUUAUUUACAAUGACUUCUCCGAGACUUACACCCCCACCCAAACGCGAUACAUGUACAGACCCUCGGUCAUUCUUAACGGUGUUAUGUACGACCUGAAGAUUUUGGAUGUCCCGCCAAUUUCCUCCUUUCCUUCAAGCCCGAGUCAGGAGUGGCUGGAUGCGCGAUGUAGAGGGGUCCGCAGUGCAAACGCCUACAUUCUGGUUUAUGACAUCUGCUGUGUGGAAAGCUUUGAGUAUGUCAAGAUGAUCCGACAGCAAAUUAUGGAUAACAGAGUGGGCAGCAGUAGGGAAGUGCCCAUCCUGGUGGUGGGCAGUAAGCGGGAUCUUCAGCGGCAUCGGUUCACCCAGCGCAGGGCUGUGUCUGUACUGGUGAAGAAGACAUGGAAGUGUGGUUACGUCGAGUGCUCCGCUAAGUAUAACUGGCAUGUGCUUCUGCUCUUCAAAGAGCUCCUGGGAAUAGCCGUGGCACGAGGACUGCGUACGAACCACACCUCUAUCCGUCUGCAAGGGGCAUUGCAGAGGAACCGCUGUAAUGUCAUGUGACAGAUAUGUAGCCUUUUUUGAAUUUAUGAUUAUUUAGGACCAGUUUGUGUUAUCAGAAUCUUAAUUAUCUGAUUUUAACUGGUCCUAAUUCAGUAUUGAAAGUCAACUUUGCUGUACCACGAGAAUGGAGCUGUGGGGACAAACUGUCAAUCAAAAUGGCUGGAAUAUUACCACCUAGGGGCCUCUGUAACUGAUGCAUUCAUCUGAUGGAUCACCUUAGGUACUACUAAUUUCACUAUCCUCCAGUGUAAAACAGAAAAAUGGAAGCAGAUAAGGAUUUUUUUUUUCAUCUUACCAAAGUCUGACAUGGUCGGAGUAAGAUAUUGCAUCUGACUCAAAUAGAAUGUAAUUUGUCUCCCCUUCCUGCUCAGAUUUAAAUUCAAAUGCUGUGAGUGCGAGUGUAUUCCGGUGUGACAGUUUUUAACUGUUGUUUGGAAACAGCUUUUAUGAAGGAUGAACUAAGGGUUCAGGAAUUAUGAUGAGCGAAGGUUUGUGAACCUGUUGGAAUUAUCUGUAGUGAUCCUCAAAUUUGACCUAAAAUAUGAUCUGAUCUUUCCCUACUUUAUCGUAUCAAUUAAAUACAAAUGAGAUAAUAUCUUUUGAAACAUUUUUAGAAACUUCCUCUGUAUCAUGCAAUAUGUUAAUUUUUAGAUUACUUUCAGAAGCACUGACUUAAAAAAAAAUCCCUGUCCUGUUACUCAUUGGCCAAUUUCCCUUUUGCAAAACUGCUUCAGGACAUUAAUAAGAUCCUGCCACAACAUUUUACUUCAUAAACCACAGACAUAAACCUCACCGUUCUCCCAUUCCAUUUGUAAUAAUUCAAUGGGCCACUUUAGACAUGUGAUUGGGACAACAGAAGUGCCACAUUCACACACACACACAGAGACACACACAUACACACAUAUACAUACACACAUAUAAAUUUCACAUUGUUUUCUAUGAGUGUACACACACCUGUGAAAUAGAUCGCCCUUUCUCUUUAGAUUUGCUCUGUUUUUUCAAACACCAAACUUUAAACUCAAUGAUGCCACUUUGUUAAUUCUUGAAGUGAACGUUUGCCUACUUGGUGAUUAGAUUAACUAUUUACCAGUGAGUUGUCCUAGAUGCAACGUGGCGCUGCGCUUCUGGUCCGGUGCCCGACUGCAUUAAGAAACGUAGGAAAUUUGUCCUUAAAAUAGGCACCAGCAUUCUUACUGAUGAGCUGUCCUUCCAUAUACACCUCUCCAGUUCACCGUCUUGUUCCAUGGUGGAUGUAUGAACAAGGCCAAGAGAUGCCUGGAGAUCCUUAGCUGUUAUCUUGGACUUCAAUAAAUCAUGCUGACUUAUUUCAUUGCAAACUUCUUAGCACAUUUGCCAAGAUAGGUAUAUCCCAGCCUGCAUACUAUAUAUAACUGCAUUGCAAUUUUCUCACCAUAUGCCAAAUCUAGUAAAAAUGUUAAACAUCCUACCUCCUAAAUAUAAAUGACUGAAGAAAUGAGGCACAAAAUAAUGUCUUCCUCUGGCAGGAUAGAGAGGUGUUGUGCAGAUUUCUGCAAGCAUGUACAAUCAGUGGCACUCUAGAAGCUGUAAGAAGUGAUGAUAAAGCCAACAGGACCCCUGGGGCUUCCCUAAACCUGAAGAUUUCUGCUGAACCAGGAUGCAGAAAAGGCUUACAUCCUUUACUGCAGUGCAUUGCAGUCUGUAUGUUAGUGGAUGACAGCGCAAUCCACAUCCUCUCUGGAGUAUUUCUGAAUGCAGAAUACAUUAAAGUUAAAGUGCUUCAGUGUCUGCAGUGAGAUUCAGGUUGAUCUGGGGCUAGGUUUUUUUUUUUGUAAGCUACUCUCUGCUAGUGUAGAGAACAGGUAGACAUUUGGCACAAACUUCAAAUGAACUAAUAGAGAACGGUCUGUAGACGUGCUGAUAGUCAGCACGAUUGAUUGGGUGGCUGUGUGGAAGUCUUGAUUCACAGCUAGAGCUGUCGCACUGCUACACCUAUUCUGUCACCUACUCUGUUCUGAGGUAAUAAACUGUGGAGCUUUGGCACACAGGUGGAAAUUCGUUAGACUGAGAAAAUUAAUGGUCCUAUAAACCGCACACCCGCCCUGAAUGCUUUCCCAUUACAGAAAAAGGUCAUAAGACAUAAUAUUCUCACAGUGUGCUAAAGAAAAAAAAUCAACCUCCUUCCUCGCAAAUGCAGCCUCUGACAGCCAUCUAUGCACUUGUACACAUCUUACAUGACUUCUGUCAGCAGAAGGAAACAUAAGUUAGCAACUUGGGUCAUCCUUCAGUCUUUUUUAUCAUUAAGAAUCUAUUUCUGUUUAAUGGAGCUGCAUGCACUAAUUGGCAAAACCAAAAUCAUUCAGGGGUAAAUUGCACUGAUGUACCUAUUGUACGUACCUACAUGAGUGAGUACAAGCAGAUCUUUGUAACAAUACUUGAGUAUCGUUUUUGUCUUUUUGUAUAAUGUUAGUGUGCAAUAAGCUUAGCAUGUAGUUUAAGUUUAAGUGAUUGAGAAACAG